UGACGUACCUGCGAUACGGAAUCCGUGACAUCCGUCUCCAAAACAGUUUCCGUCUGAGUCUGACUAACAGAUUGUUCAGACAUCAUUGCUCUUUCCAGUCGAAAUCCACCUUCUUCGAGACAAAGCCGUGAAACUACAUAUAAUCGUUUUACCGUGAUUCAAUGUUACGGUUACAUCCAGGUUACUUCAUACUGUCAUCAUUCGUAAUCUGAUAAAAACGACGCCAUGUUUAGGACUGAUACAAAGCUGUUUACUGACUACUAUUUUCAAUACAAUCGUGAACGAAACAUGUCUUUCGAUUUGUGGAUCAGAGAAACGUAACUAUUUAAAAAUGUGUUCAUAUACGUCUUACGUUUUCUUUAUAAUUACUGAUUCUAAUUAUAGUUUACUAUACAAAGAAUAAUCUCUCAAGCUUAAAUUUUUGACAAUAAUAAAUUCUGUUGAUAUCGUAAAUUCUUAUACCGUUUACAAUUAUUACCCGUGUGGAUGAACAAUUUACUAAACUGUCGUGGUGCUGACUGUGUUAGUGAUCUGCUGUAUUUGUAAGAUUUCCUAUAAAUACUCAAAUACUAAUGCCUAAUUUUCCACGGGAACACAUUUUAAGAUCAAUAUCUGCAACUAAGGUUUCUCAGUAUUAAUUUGAUACCAUUUAUAGACACUAUCGAUAUGGAGCCAGUUAAUAAAGUUCCUCUGCCAUUAGAACCAAUAAAGUCAAAUCAGGUGGAAGAUAGGAGGUUGUGGGUGGGCAAUUUAGAUUUAAGAAUUAAUGAGUACCAACUCCUAAAACUCGUCCAAAAACAUGGAACUAUUGAAAAGUUCGACCUCCUAUUCCAUCGGUCAGGCCCACAAGCUGGUCAACCAAGAGGAUACGCAUUUGUUACCUACAAAACAGUUCAGGAUGCAGAAACAGCCAAAGAUGCUUUACAUAACUUGAAAGUAGGAGCGAAAAAUAUUAUUGUCAGAUGGGCUCAUAGCGUAACAGAGCCUGACAUAGAUAAACCAAAGCCAAAAAUAGAUAUACCUGCUUUAGCUGGAGCUAAGAAAGAAGAUAAAAGGAUAAGCCGUGAAACAGCAAUCCAAGCUAUAGAAGCCAAACUAAAGCUCAUGAAAGAAUCGGAGGAGGAAUUUGAAUUAAACAAACCUUUAAAUGGAUCACCUAUAAUACAUUUAUAUCAGAAACCAGAAAACCCAAAACCGUCCACAUCAACUCGUUAUCAUAAUCGAAAUCACCAUCACAACAAUAAGCCGUAUAAUCGUUAUAAACCUAGAAGAUAAUUUAAGUCCCUUUCUAUCUCAUAAUAUUAAAAUUAAAAAUACAACUUAUUUUUACUGAUCAACAUUUGUUCCAUGACUAUAGUUGAUAUGUUAUUUAUAUUUUCUAUUUAAAUCUCGUCUAGUUUGUUUUUUGUAUACUGUAAACUUUUAAGUUCACAUUUUGUACCUUUUUCUACUAAUCGAACAUGAUUCCUACAGCAAUGUGACCGUGCGUAUGAUACAGAAGUAUCUUGAUUCACUGAUAAUGCAAUGCUUAAUAUGUACACUGAUGUACAUGUAUUUUCAUAAUCUACAAUAUCUUUUUAUAAUAAACGAAUAUAUACUUUGAA